AGGAAGAGAAGUUUGUGAGGAAACAAAUAAUGGCAGUGGAGAAAGAAAGAAAAGUGGAUCAUGUGAUUGUGAAGAAGAGGAACAUUGUAUUGGUUGGAAUUAGAAUUGAUGAGAGUGGCAAAGAGAUCUUGAAAUGGGCACUUGAAGAAGUUGCUCAACUUGGAGAUUGUGUUGUUGUUGUCCAUGUUUGUUUUACUUCUUUUCGUGCCUUGAAAAGCAAGUCAUCGCUAGAUCGGUACUUAGAACAUUACAGUGGAUUCUGCUCAACAAAUAAGAUUGAGCUCAAAGGAGAAGUUUUAAAAGGGAAUUCAGUUAUAGGAGUUUUAGUUAAAGAGGCAAAGAGAUACAACGCCAUGUCAGUUGUUGUUGGAGUUAAACAACAAAGAAAAUUAAGUCUUAAAAUAGCUAAAGGCUGCGCAAAGGAGCUUCCUUCAACAACCGAUGUUUUGGCCAUCCACAGAGGGAAUAUAGUCUUUAGACGUUCCAACCAUUACCACCUACCUCUUGCUCAAAAGAUGAGUUCAAGACUAAGUUCUGAACUUUCUAAUGGAUUUUCAGACGAAGAAAGAAAAUUGAAAUAUGAAGAAUCUACGGUUAAAAGCAUAGAGAUCGCGGGAGCAACGGGGGAAGAGAAGAGGAAGAUUUCAGGAAGAUCUCUAUCUCUUCCAUCAGUAGAGGUAAUAGACAAGAAACCGGGUUGGCCAUUGUUAAGAACAACCACUUUAGCUAGUCCAAUGGUUCACCAUCAUACUAGGAAAAUAUCAGUUGUUAAUUGGGUCAUGAGCUUGCCUGAACGGUUCCCGCAUCAUCCGAAUCCGACUUCUCAACCGAGCUUUUGCGAUAAACAACUUAGAGACAUACUAAAGGAAAUAAACAGAUGGUUCAGCUAUGAUGCUCUUAAGACAGCAACAUCAGAUUUCUCUUCAGAGAAUCUGAUCGGGAAAGGAGGAUGUAACGAAGUGUACAAAGGGUUUCUUGAAAAUGGUAAAGCUGUGGCGGUGAAGAUCUUGAAACCAUCUGUAAAAGAAGCAGUGAAGGAGUUUGUUCAUGAAGUGAGCAUAAUCUCUUCUUUGAGUCACCAAAACAUCUCUCCUUUGAUUGGUGUAUGCGUUCAUUACAACGAUCUUAUCUCUGUUUACAAUCUCUCAUCCCGAGGGAGUUUGGAGGAAACUCUUCAAUGUAAGCAUGUAUUGAGAUGGGAAGAGAGAUUCAAGAUAGCAAUUGGGUUAGGAGAAGCUCUUGAUUAUCUCCAUAACCAAUGUUCAAAUCCUGUGAUCCACAGAGAUGUCAAAUCUUCGAAUGUUCUUCUCUCGGACGAGUUCGAACCUCAGCUUUCAGAUUUCGGACUUUCGAUAUGGGGAUCGAAGUCUUGUCGAUAUACUAUACAAAGAGACGUGGUUGGAACGUUUGGAUACCUAGCUCCAGAGUACUUCAUGUAUGGAAAAGUCAGCGACAAAGUCGAUGUAUAUGCCUUUGGAGUAGUUUUGCUUGAACUCAUUUCAGGAAGAACUCCUAUUUCAUCUAAUAGCCCAAGAGGACAAGAGAGUUUGGUCAUGUGGGCAAAACCAAUGAUCGAAAAAGGCAAUGCAAAAGAGCUAUUGGAUCCGAAUAUCUCUGGGACUUUCGAUGAGGAUCAGUUUCAUAAGAUGGUUCUUGCUGCUUCACAUUGUCUCACAAGAGCAGCCACUCAUCGUCCCAAUAUCAGAGAGAUAUUGAAGCUGCUAAGAGGCGAAGAAGAAGUAGAGAAAUGGGUGAAGAUAGUAGAAGAAAACGAAGAUUGUUUGGACGACGAGGUUUACCCAAAUUCGAACACAGAACUACACUUGAGCCUAGCGAUGGUCGACGUGGAGGACAAUGACUCUGUGUCAAUCAGUAGCUUGGAGAGAAGUAACAACAGCAUUUUCUCUUCUUCAUCUUCCUCACAGGAGCUUCAGUCUUAAUUAGGGUUUGUGGUUAGUGUCUCCAGUUCACUUGAAGAUCACGUCAUCUCUCACAGUGCAUGUAAUCAAAUCACAAAAGAUAUCACUUAUCUGACUUGGCUUUUGCAACCACUGUCGGAAAAGUCUUUUUCCUCUUUCUUGUUUUUUUUUUGUAUAGAUAGAUAGAUGAGGAGAGGAGAUUAUAAAACUAAUGACUAAUUUUAAAAUUCAUAUAUGGUGAUAAACUGAUAAUUUUCAUGAA